CCGGGGGGGUGGCGGCGGGCUGCGCCGGGCUCCCCAGCCCUGCCCCGGGGCUCGGCCGGUAACCGGUCACUGCCCGGGGCGGCCCCCGGCGUGUCUGGUAGCGGCCGUGCCAUGCCGAGCUCGCCCGGUGCGUGGCCGGUGGCCGGCACCCGUUGGUGGCCGUGCGGUGCUGAGCUCUCCCUCUUCGCAGCGCUGAAGGUGCAGCUGGACACCAGGCUCUUCGGGCAGCACUUGGCCAAGGACGUGGUGCUGAAGGCGGUGAUGGGCUUCAGCAGCAACCCCAGCCCCAAGAAGCCGUUGACUCUCUCGCUCCACGGCUGGGCUGGCACCGGCAAGAACUUCCUGAGCCAGAUCCUGGCCGAGCACGUCCACCGCGCCGGCCUGCGCAGCAAGUUCGUCCAUCUCUUCCUGGCCACCCUGCACUUCCCCUACCACGACCAGAUCAAGCACUACAAGGAACAACUGCAGAACUGGAUUCGAGGCAACGUCAGUGCCUGUCCCCACUCUGUCUUCAUUUUUGAUGAGAUGGACAAAAUGCAUCCAGGUCUCAUAGAUGCCAUCAAGCCGUUCUUAGACUAUUACGAGCAGGUUGAUGGGGUAUCCUACAGGAAAGCCAUCUUCAUCUUCCUCAGCAAUGCAGGUGGUGACAUAAUUAAUAAAGCAGUUCUUGACUUUUGGACAAGUGGAAAGCACAGGGAAGAGAUUCAGCUCAAAGAUCUGGAGCCCAUGCUAUCUGUAGGAGUCUACAAUAACAAGAAUAGUGGACUGUGGCACAGCAGCCUUGUUGACAGGAACCUCAUUGACUACUUCGUCCCCUUCCUGCCCCUGGAGCACAAGCAUGUGAAGAUGUGUGUCAGGGCUGAAAUGAUGGCCCGUGGCUAUGCUGUUGAUGAGAAGGUUGUUCAAGCAGUGGCUGAUGAAAUGACAUUCUUCCCAAAAGAGCAGAAAAUCUACUCUGAUAAAGGCUGCAAGACUGUACAGGCCAAGCUGGAUAUUCAUGAAGAUGCUAUGACAAGAGAUUUGAAAGCCGAGGGUUGAUUACUCCUCAGGUCUCUAAAGGACUUUCAGAGCUUUGGCAAAUCUGUGUAUUUGCACUUAAGUUUUUUUACUGUUGCAGGGAGAUGGUGAAAAUACCUGAAUGAGCUCUGUGGGCUUUUCAAUGUUGUUUUUUUUUUUUUUUUUUUUUUUUUUUUUUAACUUAACAUCCUUCUGUUCAUCUCUGAACUGUCUGGUAUCCAAAUGUUGUCCCCUUCAUUCUUCUUUUAACUUGUAGAGAAUUUCUGAGUAUGAGAGAUGUAUAUCACUGGAUACAUUCUCUCCUGCUUUAUUCUUCAAGUACUGCAAUUAAGUAUUGAAUUCCUCUUUCUACAAAAACUAGACUGUAACAAAGGAGAACAGAGGAAUUCUUCCAGGCAGUUGUAUUCCCUCUCUUGUUCAUGGGCUAGUGAAAUGAAGGGAUGUGGGGUGUGUUCAGGACUAGGGCAAGGGUGAAUCCCUUGAUGCGUUGCAGUAAGAAGAUGGUAUGGUGGAAGGCCUCCUGUCCUUCACAUCAGACUGAUGCUGUUGUGGCUUCCACAACUGAGCAUCAGCUAUUCAGGGACAGAAGGGCAUGAUUAUAGUUUAUGUCUGAGCUCUGGCAUUGUAUACCAUGUCUCCUGCUACAGUGACAUGGAAAGGCAUGACGAGCUCCACGAAAUCUGUUGCUAAAUAGUAGAAAAAGGGGAGGUGGGGCAAGUAACUCUUUGCUCCUGUGCUUCUUUGGAGAAAAAACUUGUAAAAGAAACUAUGUUUUUUUUAACGAAGGGGGCUCAUUGAACGUGUGUGGUAACUCCAGGCCUUCCUAAGCAGAGGGACCCAACCGAGGGAUCUGUGCUAAAACAUACCAGGCCAGUCUCCUGCUCUUAAUGAGAAAAAUCACUUGUGAGGAUUUGACUGUUAUGGCUUGGCAGGUUAAUCUGCAUGUGGGGGCUUCUGGGCCUGAAGUGUUUAAGAUCCCUGGGAGUCCCUCUCAGCUGCACCCAAAAGACUAGGAGUAGGUAAUGCUACUCUCAUCUGGUUUGGAAGACUGUUUCAUAGCAGUUAUUUUCAAUAGCAUAUUUUUAUACUGAAGUGUAAGCAACAGCAAUAGAAGGUUCUUUCUAGAGAGCCACAGAGAAGGGGGUAUGGGACAUGGGGAAAAAUCAACAAUCCUGUACUUAAGUAUGUUUUAUAGUAGCUUUUAGCACUAAAGAAUGUGUGUGGAAGGGUGAGUGACGAAUUAGGAAGCUGGGAAAAAUUGAUUUAACCUUCACCCACUGGUCAGGAUGGAGUUUAAAACUUUUUUGCAAGGUUUAACUCUUUCAUCAUCCAUCACUUGUGGAUCAGAUAUUCUAGUGCAAGACAGAAGUGCCUAUCACUUGGUUGAUUGUAGUGUGUUUUUUAAACUGGUAUGAGGAAUUGGGCUAUUUUUGUGCUGCAGCCAUCUACUUGCUCACUUGUACUUGAUGUAAUGCAAUACUUACAGGUUUCAACCCAAUUAUGUUAAUUUAAAUUACAACAGAGAGCUUAGUAUUUAUGUUAAACUCUAAAUUUAAGUGUCAAUUGCAUUUUACAACCCCACAUGGAGGCUGUCAAACGCUGGCAAACUUCACACUGAUGCAAUCUCCAGAACCAAAUGCUAGCUAGCCAUUAACCUUGGGACAUUGGACUGUUGCUUUUUGUGUAUGUUUUGCCUAUUAACUUAGUCAUAGGUGCACCCAGUUUCAGUUACUCCAAACUCAAAAUACCUGUGCAAUUUCAAGACACAAUGUUAGUACAGUACUGCAGCUGCAAUAAAUUUUAAGUCCCUUUUUUGUCUUGGUUUAAUCUUUUUGGUUACAGGGAAGUACAAGUUUAUGCUGUUUUCAACCACCUGCUAUGCAGCUUUCUGUUAAACAAAUUUUUAAGAAUAAAGCUUAUAACAAUGGAUAGGCAGAUUAAAUAGCCUGUUGAUGUUAAAACAUGUUGAGUCAUCCAACAAUACAGUAAGGAAUGCAGCAGUUAAAUACAGCUCAGUAGAAACACCUACCUGUGAAAAAGCCUUAAAGUCUCUGCCAGCUCUGCUUCAUAGUUAUUAACAGAUCUCUGCUACCAUACUGCCAGGUGCUGCAGGAUAAAUAUGCCUUGGGCAGCUGAUUUAACCAUUCCUCCAGUGCUGCAUCUGGAAAGCUGUUCCAGGCAGCUCCUCACCUCUGAGCUGGCAAAAGCAUGAUAGGACUACAGGCUUUCACCGUAGCUCUGUGAGCCAGAGCAUCUGCAGCUUCUCUAGCACUGAA